GCCGCCUCAGUUCGUUCCCACACGUUGCGGCAGGUGCAUGUAGCGCGGAACUCGCCGACUUUAGUGUUCCAAACCGUCAUCUGCUGCGGCUGUUUUCCGUUCUUGUUUUCGUUCAGAACAUCAUGUUUUCCUAACGAACAACAGCACGAUCCGUCCACUGCCGAGAACGAAAACACUGGCGGCAAUUAACGAAUAAACAAUCGGUGUGCAACGGUGUAUGCAUUGCUGUCUGCUAUUUAAACUCGCCUAGCAGCGAACACACGGCGCUUACCUUCGCUUGACUUGUACCUGUCCGUUCGUUUGUCUAAAUUCGGUAUUUCGUGUCUGUUGAGAGCGCCGAGAGAGUUGUGAGGUGAACCUUGUGAGUGCGUGCCUACGAGGAAUAAUAAUAAAAAAAAAGUAGUGACGAAAGGAGCGAAGCGUGGAAGAAGAGAACGGACUCGUUUUUACGUUCGGGCUUUGUUUUAUGAUAUAAGACUAGCCGAAAGUGUAUUAUUGUUGGGAGCUCUGAGGGAAAUUUCACGAUUCUGCACUGACACACAGAAAGCAUGAUGUCACCGGUUACCACGGCAACGGAAUCGGCAACGCUGGGAGGUGCCGGCAGCGCAGACUCACGGUUCAUUCUCAGCCCGCCGACCAGCCCUCGACCCAGCGACGCCGUCAGCAAGAGUCAGUGCUCCUCGCUUUCGGAUGGCGACAAUUACGAGUGCUUUGAGCAUGAAGGUGAAGGCGAAACGCCCGACAACGACGCCGAUUCGGGCAUCGCUGCUGAUCGACCCAGCAAUGAUGGAAUCCGAAGUCCUUCCGGCAAUGCGGCCAUCAAUCGCCACACCUGGUUACGCACCAGUUUGCGACGUACGCAGAGCAAUCAUUCAGAUAAUCUUCCAAAUCGUCGAUGGGGAUCUUUCCGACAUGCUGGAAAACGUCAACAACAAAUCACAUCGAAUGCUCUAGCAAGCCAACUUUAUCGCAGCUCCAGCUUCAACUCGUCUGGGCGCAGCAGCAACUGUGAUACAGCGGAUGACAUGUAUUCAGAUGCUUCACUCGAAGAAGAUGUUCUUGAUUUAAAUCAUAAGGUGCAACUGCUUCAGCAACAAAUGGGUGUCCUGCAAGAUUCAGCAACGCACAAUGAUGAGCGAUAUACUCGUGCCAAAGCCGAUAAUGCGGCUCUUCAAGCGAGAGUCAUCAUGCUGGAGGAGCAACUCAGAGAUGCCGAAAUGCGCGCUGAUGAACGAAUACAUGACGAACAACGCAGAACGAAAGAACUCAUUGCCAGACUCGAUCGCGAAAAGGUCCUACAAUUAGAAAAUUCAAGCAUCCGCCAACACGCAGCAGAAACGGAAGCAAACACGCACAAGGACGAAGCGCAACGCCAACGCGUGCGCGUUGAGAAGUUGGAGAACGAGCGGAAGGAAUUGUCGGACCAGCUACUAGACUUUCGGCACGAAAUUUCACUACUUAAGGAAGAUGAGCAUAAAUAUAAAGAACAGGAGAGAAGACUGAUAAAAGCCAACGAAGCCCAGAGCCAACUAAUCGAAGAGCUAUCUCGCGAAGUAGAGCGUUUGCGAGCGGAGGUGCGCACUCCAGCGUUACCGACCACGUCGCCGGAAGCUCUGCGCUUAGACGAGCUGCACGAGGAGAUGGCGUCGCUGAGAGAAUUAAAUCAGCAAUUGCAAGACAGCAAUGAAGAGCUGCAGGCCAGCAUUUUACACGCUGGUGUUGAGAAAGGCAGACAACUCACAGCUGGCUUGAGUUUGGCUGCUGAACUUGAUGAAAUGACUCACGAUGAGUGCGAUUUUCACGGAGACGAUGAUGCUUUAGCUAAGAUGCAACAUGCUCUCAAAGAGCAGCAAGACGUGAACUCGCAACUUCGCAGUUAUAUCGAUGGUAUUCUGCUCAACAUCGUGGAAAAAUGUCCUCAAUUGCUUGAAGUGAAUCGAAGAUCUGUUUAAUUUUCUUAUUAACCCUAUGGAAAAGUGAGUCGAAAACAUUGAAGGUGUACGUGAAGUUACAAUAAUUUUAUUGCUAGUAAAAAACAGUUUUUUAUAAAGUUGCAAGAACCAGUAGAGUUCAUUGCAAUUUUCCAUAUGGAAGAAAAAUUUGUACCGACUACUAGCGCGUAUUUAUAGUUAUGAUUUUGUUUUUGAUAAUCAUGACAAAAUAUUCGGAAUUUAAUUUGUUAGCUCAAUGGUCCGUCCAUUUUGUGAUUAGGUGCUGUGAUCACUGGAUAUAUUUUAUUGUAAUUUAUGCUGAUAUAAAUGCAGUUCAGUGCAUUGGUUGCAAUUGCGAUGAUCAUAAUAAACCAAGUGUACUUGUAUUGCUGAAUCAGACUAAAUUUUAAUGCCACGUUAAUGUGUGAAUCAUUGCGGCCGAUUCGAACACUAAAAUCGCUCAAGCCAUUCGGUUUCGUAUGUUAACUAUUGCAAGAGAAUUAUAUUGUUAAUUAGUGUUUGUAAUUAUUGUUCGUAUUGAAGAUAUUUGUAAUUUAUAAUACUGUAAUGGAGACAAGAGUAGUAGAUCGGCCUAUAUUUUAAAAACAAGUCUUCAGACAGACUUUUAAAUAUAUUUUCUUUACUUUUAAAUAAUUAUGAAUGAUUCAUGACGCAUGUGUUUGCAAGUGGACGCCUUCGCAUGGAGUGUCUUAAUUGAAUCGUGUUAUAUUGAUUAAGUUGUCUAAAUAAUUGAUCAUUUUCUCAGAAAAUUCAUGUAAGCAUUAUUACAUUAUUUGUUCCUAAAAUCAAUUGUACUUGAAUCAUUAAUAUCUCAUUUAUUUCCAAAUAGAAUAAAUUAUAAUCAGUCUUAACUUA